UGCUAUUUCCGACAUUGAAGUAGAAUAUAAACCGAGCGAAAGCAAAUUAUAUUAUUUAAAAUAUCCUUUAUUAAAUAGUAAUGAUUAUUUAUUAGUGGCUACCAGUCGUCCCGAAACUGUUUUUGCCGAUGUGGCUUUGUUUGUCAACCCUCACGACCCAAGAUAUCAAAAAUACCUGGGUAAGAAAGUCCAGCACCCGCUAACGCAAAAAAUUAUCCCCCUUUUGGCGGAUGAAAAAAUAAUUAUUGACUUUGGUACUGGGGUUUUAAAAUGUACACCCGGGCACGAUUUUUUUGAUUAUGAAUUAGGAAAAAAAUAUAAUCUUCCUUUGCUUAGUUGUUAUGACGAAAAAGGAAACUUAAAUAAUUUAGCGGGUAAAUGGCAAGGUCAAGCACCGCAAGCCAUUCGGCAAGAACUAGUGAAGGAACUGCAAGCCCACAAUAUUUGUUUAAAAAUUGAAACUUACCAAACUAAUUUGGUUGUUUCACAGCGAACGGGGGCUUUAAUUGAACCUUUGCUUUCCACACAGUGA